AUGGUGAUUGCAGGAAGAGGGGUUGCCCGAGGAGAUCCAAAUCUUAUCCUGGACGACGACUACGAGAACAUUCCUACACCUUUGGUGAUAAACAAAAACGGUAAGACAGUCGUCUAUUGGGAUGUGGCGGAUUACCCGGUUCCUAAGGAUGUCGAUCUUGAUUCUCUUCGUAUGCGUAUAGAAUCGAUUCUUCAUGAUUUGGGCUGUCCGGAGGUGUCUAUUGUGGCUUACGUUUACAAGAAUAGGUUUUCGGAUGAACAGGAACGUAAAUUUAAGGAUGCCAAAAUCUUUGUCGAUUUCUUACCCGAGGGGGAUGACAUUGCGAGAAUGACUUGGAUGUUAGUGGACAUUAUUUGUUUGCCUGUGGUAUUUCCUAAACCAAAUGUUAUUGUACUCUCAAAACACAUGGAAAAAGAGGCUGUUGAUUGUUUCCAAAGCAUGUAUUUCAACGGUGUUGGUGUUCUCUUAUCCAAAACUGAACCUGGUUGGCUUGUUCCUGAUGAUAGUUCAGCCUUUGAACUUACAAGGCUAUUUGAAAAACAUCUUGACUGUGAGAAGCCGCAGAGAGAGGAUACCCUUGCAAACUCUGUUGACCACCCUCUCGACGAGGAGACAAAUGUAUCUUCUUGA